AUGGAUGUAGUCAUCUUCUUCGAAGCAUCCGGCAAGUGGCCGGAUAACCUUGCUGCCAUCCAACGAACGAAGGUUGCAAUCCUGCUCAAAAUUGGUUCUCUUCUUGAGGAAUCCAAGCCUGGUGUGACGACUCACAUUGGACUGGAAGAUGCUAAGAGAGACAUUGAGAACCUCGCGUUCCUGGAUGUCAUAUAUGACAGCAGCGCUGCAUUCCGCCUCAGGAUUCACAGCGAUCUGGAGGAGACUCUGCUCGAGCGGCGGACGAAGGACAAGACUCUGGAACAGCACGUUCGAACUGAAGGUGCUCAACUGUUGGCAACAGUCAAGCGUCUUUAUACACACCUACCGCUACACACCCAGGUUAUUACAACGUUCUGCAAUCGUUUCUCGGCUUUGUCCCCAACAAUUCGCUUGCUCAAGCAAUGGUUCAACUCACAUAAGCUGGGGUCCCACUUCCUCGAAGAGUUUGUAGAACUCGUUGCUCUACAUAUUUUUCUGGAACCUUACCCCUGGCAGGCGCCGUCCAGUGCUAUGGCUGGCUUUCUGCGCGCGCUCUCGUUCCUGUCUCGGUGGGAUUGGCGAGUUGAGCCACUGAUUGUUGAUAGUUCUGAGUCACUUUCAGCCGUCGAUCGCAAUGCAAUUGAGACAAGAUUGGAAGCAUGGCGAAAAAUCGAUCCCAAUAUGAACCGUACGACGCUCUUUGUUGCCACCUCGCAUGACACGUCAGGAACUACUUUCACCUUUAACAAUGGUGACCCAAGUCCGUCAAAGGUUGUAGCCACGAGGAUGACAACCUUGGCUCGUUCGGCGUGCAAGCUUGUCAAGGAUGCGGGUUUGGAGCUCGAUUUGAGAAGUCUGUUCCAGCCUUCUUUACGAGAAUAUGACGUUCUGAUCUAUUUGGACACCAAGUUGGUCAAGGGCAUUGUCCGAGGGGACGAUGGCACGAAGAGCUCGCAGUUUAAGAAUCUUGAUGCAAGAACAAGUCAAACGCCGCUACCUCUUGCGCACCAUCCGAUCACUGCCUUUUUGAAAGAGCUGAACCAGCUAUAUGCUGGCCCUCUAGUCUUCUUCCACGGUGCACCAGACGACCACAUUAUUGCUGCUAUAUGGAAUCCUCAGAUUCAACGGCGGUCGUUUAGGGUGAACCUACCAUGUUCAUUCAAGCCUGUGGCCACCAAAAAAGGAAUCAACAGCGAUGACUCAGAAAACGAGAAUGACCUCGUGGAGGUCAACCGUGAAGCCAUCUUAGCUGAGAUAGCUAGGCUUGGCGGCGACGUGGUAGAGAAGAUUGAGAUAAGAAGCGUUGCAAAAUAA